GUUUACCCCGAUAUCUCAUCUGCCGUAGCUUCGCAAAGCAAAGUUUGCGUUCGGCAUUUCGACGAGCUCUGUAUACUUUUCGAGGACGAAGAACGCCAAUUUUCAUACGAUAUAACUUAUUCGCAAGUUUGUAAUAGUUAUGCGCAAUUCAAGAUUUGGGCUGGCAAUAUAGGAGCGCUGCAGACAAUUCAAUUCGCUAGCUCCCUGGACUACCGAUUGCGCGAGGUCGCCAAAGUUUCAGGUCAAGUCAUUUCAGUCUUGGAGGAUUUAGAAGAAGUAUUACAGGAUGGUAUGAAACCGGUCUAUUAUUAAAUAAAUCCUUCUCUCUUGUUGGACUCGCUACUUAAUUGUUCCAUUGUUGAUUACUUUCAGUUAUUGCAAUUGCUUCAGGGAAGAGGGAAAAUAGAAUUGGUUCUCCCGUACCACUAGAUCAUGAAUUACUUGAUGAAGAUUACGGAUCGACUUCUCAACCAACUUCGGAGAUCCAGGAACUUUCCAGUCCAUAUCCGAAACUAUCGCGAGCCUUUUCAAACUGUCAAUUCUCAUCAGAAAUAGCAGUUCCCGGGACCGUUAUGCCAAAGCGUUGGCAGCAGCAUCUAAAGCACCAUUUGAUGGUCAGUUUGAUAUUGAUCAUGUGGGAAACAAAUUCCCCCGUCUUUGUGGUAGUGAUAGAGAAUGGCUAAGGAAACGUCUCGGAAAGGCCAUUACGCAGAAACGACAGUACCUGUAUUACUGUCGGGAGCAUCGCGAAAAGCUCCCCAGAGCACCUGGCUUUCGAAAUGUCAUUGAAAUCACGCCAGAACCAAUGAUCGGAUCUACUUCUCUGGCUGUUCAGGAGCAAAAUACAACUACUCAUGAUGACGCCCAGACCGUGAUAUCGAGGCCGACAAGUACACUGGCUCCGACUACAGCUAGCACAGUAAUUGCUACAAAGUUGGAAAGUGCAAUGAGACUCGGUGACGUGGAAGAAGAAGCUGAGGACGACAAUCGAUCACAAACAUCUUAUGCAAGUUCUGUUGGCGAAGAUGAAAGCGAUAACAGACUGUCCAUUAUUCGUCUUGAAGAAGUUGCUGGAACUUUCGAAUCUUUUGAGUGCCCAUAUUGUUGGACAAUUCAAAAGAUCAAUAAUCAACGCUCAUGGAGGUAGUGGAUCAUUUCAAUUCCUGUGGCCAAUAAUGACUUCUUUAGGAAACACGUCAUGCGAGACCUCAAACCAUAUGUCUGUACCUCAGAGGACUGUGACAUGAAGCUAUUUCCUGACCGUCAUACUUGGUUCACUCAUGAACUUCAAAAUCAUUGGGUAGAGUGGAAAUGUUGUUUUUGCAGUCAUGGUUCCUAUGCAAGCAGAGAUAAAUUUGAAAAGCAUGCUCUGACAUCUCACGAAGAUGAAUUCACAGAGGCCCAGUUACCGGCUUUGGUUAAAGUUUGCCAAAAACCAGUGGAAAAGAUCUCACUAGAUGCUUGUUCAUUUUGCGAUGAAUGGGAGAGCAAAUUAAGGGAGUUGAACGAACAUAUGUCUCUUGUAAAUUAGCGUCUCUUCUUUUACACCCCCUGUAGCCUAGGGCACCCCCCUAGCGUCAUUUGCCCAUAUUGGGACUCUUCUAGGACCUAGCCCACGCGAGCUAGACUCCGCUUGACGUUAAAUAGCAAUAAAUAAAUAAAUAAACUGCUAAUAUAAGCAUAGCUUAUCCAGAUCCUUUUGUUCAACUAAGCAUUGACAUAAAAGACGUAAAAAAAAUCUACACUACAGGUGUAAUCAAAAAGACUUUGAGUCCUUACUGGAACAAAGAUUUCGACGUGUAAAUCCCCACACCAAGUGUAAAGUCCAAACUCUCACUAACCAUGUCCUAGCAACGUAACAGAGGAUAGUGUCCUGAUUUUCGAAGUGUUUGACCAGAAGAAAUCCAAAAAGAAAGACCAGGGGCAUCUCGGUCGUGUGGAUAUACGAGUGGGCGAUGUGAUAGAUUUUUCGGAGCCUCAAAUUGGUCAGACACCUAUCACAAUCGAAUGAUAACCAAGUUAUUGCGCUGACAUAUUCAGAUGAAAUGAUAACCCCCAAUCUAAAGUUAACAGAAAACAAUAUCAGGCCUCCUCACGGAAAACUUAUUUUGAACCUGAGUAACAACUUCACACGGACUGCAAGACCAACCAGAACGGAAUUUCCCGAAAAUGCGCCAACGCCCAGCUCUGCGAGUGACAAUACCAAGUACGGCGCUUUUGAAGAUCCCUCGGGACAACCACUGCCAGCGGGGUGGGAGCGAAGAGAAGAUCAACUUGGAAGAUCAUAUUAUCUUGAUCACAACUCGAGAUCUACUACAUGGAAAACCCCCUUGAGCGUCGAAGAUAACAAACCUUAG